AUGGCCUGUUUGAAAGGCAAUCUUCCAGACCCUUCGGUCCAUGAUCGCAGAUAUCCUCCUCUUGUUCUCCAUACUGAAGCCCCGGAUGACAUAGAAGAGGCUCCGCUGGAGCUCGGUCGACUCCCUGAUCGACUCGAUGCAUUAGACCGUGUCGACGGUCGACUAGGUGUAUCUGACCCUGACCGGUCUCUAUUCCGGUGCCGUCCCGGCAAAAACAAUCUGCGAGGCAGACCUCCAUUGUCCUCCCCAGAGGCAUACUGGUUCCUAAAAGGUCGCAAUCCAAAACGGCGCGGAGCUUCCGUCAUAGGAGGUUGUGCCUCCGGUGCAUGGAUAGGUGAUCGUCUGCCAAAGAUGCGCAGAUUCGCCAUACGUGACCUGCUGGGCGCAGGGGUUCCAGUGGUUGCAGGCGUGGGAAGUUCCAUACUCGUCUUCGUCACCUCGAUGGUGACAUCGAGUCAACACCUUUCGCGAGAAAUAAGAAGUGGCCGCAAUGGUAUGGAAUUCUCUGUCGACUGCGUCUCCUAUGCUCGUCCUAAACCGCCGAUCUGCUCUUUCCAGCUGACUGGCAGUAUGCAACCAGUUCUAAACAGCGUUUUCGGUCGACGUCGUCUAAUCGAAAAAUAA